AUGCAAAGCAUUGGAGUUAGCUCAAGCAGUAAUUCUAGGAAGGAAUUGGAUACAGUGUUUGAUAUUUGCAACUUCUUACUCAAUGAAGACAUUAUCUACAGCAUGAUUCAAUCCCCUAUUCUAUCAGAUAUUAAUUCGGAAAAAGAUUUGGAAAAUAUGGUCACACUUUUAGAGAAUAUUCAAUCCAAAAUGAACAUUUCCUUCAACAACUCAGUACAAGGGUACUUUAGGUUGUUUGAUGGAACAAAGAAAUGGCUCAUUCAUGUAUUCACACACAACUUGAGAAUAGUAUUGGAUUUUCAAUCUCCAGGAACUUCUUCUUCGAAUCAAGCAAGAAGAUCUUCAACAUCACUCCUUUCUCUACUUCAGAGCCAACAAAAUACCAUUUCUCUUGAGAAAUUCAUGAGAUUUUGGAUAGACUUGUAA